AUGCCAGAGAAGAUCUCCUGGAUUAAACACCCAAAGGAUAAAAUGGAAAAGAGAGAACAGUGCCAUAAUCUUCUAUCUCCUCGAGGUUCCUCAUUUAGCAUCAACCUGUCAUCCUCCCCUCCCAAAAUACUCAGUAUGAGCUCUCCCAUGUCCAUUCCCUGGCCUUCUGUCCCUCUUUCUCUGUCUACCUCACCACAAAGGACCAAAUCCUCACCAUCUUCCAGUCAGGAUGGUGCCUUGUGCCAAUUGCCACAAGGAAACAAGAUGAUUGAGAAUGUCCUCAUUAGGGCCAAACUGUCACGGCAAAAUGCUGUCACAACCAUGACAACCCCCACACAGGACUCCGGCAGUCCUCCAGACAAUUCAUUGUUAACCAUCAAGCAAACAAAGGAGCAAGGUGAAACAGGAGAUGUAAGUGAGGGGGGUUCUGGGGGUGGUCCAAGGCUGAGUGAUGGCAGCCUUUCUUCAGAUUCCUCAGACUCUCUAGAUUUUUCCCAGUCCUUUGCUUCUAUCCUUCCUCCUUUGUAUGACCCAAGCCCUCCUACUACAGCUGACUACACCAUCCACCUCCCUUUAUCCUAUCUGCCUUACUGUAGCAUGGGGGAGGGUGAUGAGGAGGGUGAUGAUGAGGAUGAGCAAGAACCAGAACCAGACUAUGGUGUCAACCUUGAGAGUGACCAAGAACCUCCCAGACCUCCCCCAAAACGUCGCUCCAGUGCUGGUGCUUUAAUCAUCCAGAAGGCCCUACAAGGCAAACUGCGCAAGAUGAGUGCUACCUGGGAGAGGGUGCCGGCAGCCAGGCUUGGCAGGCCUACACCUCAGGACCUGGAGCUGCUGCAGACACUCCGUCAGUUUAUCCCUCAGAUGAAGAGCUACCUACGCCAGAGCUCUGAGCUAGAGCCGCCGAUUGAGAGCUUCAUCCCUGAAGACCACAUUGGUCGCUUUUACGGUGCUGAUGACUUCUUGCCCGUGUUGACCUAUGUGUUAGCCCAGUGCGACAUGCCCCAGCUGGACAACGAAAUACUUUAUAUGAUGGAGUUGCUGGACCCGUCGCUGCUCCACGGAGAAGGUGGCUACUACCUGACCAGUGCGUAUGGGGCAAUGUCCCUGAUCAGGAACUUCCAGGAGGAGCAGGCAGCGAGGGUGCUGAGCUCCGAAACCAGAAACACACUCUGCCAGUGGCAUCGCCGUCGCACCACCCAGCGCUCUACACCUUCUAUCGAAGACUUCCAGAACUACCUGCGGGUGGCGCUGCAGGAGCUCGACAGUGGCUGUACCGCCAAGACGUUACAGGUCCAACCUUACACCACAGUGGAGGAAGUGUGUCAGUUGUGCACCCAGAAGUUUAAAGUGUCAGACCCUGAAAAUUACGGGCUGUUCCUGGUGACGGGGGGCAGCAGCCAGCAGCUGGCGCCAGACACCCACCCUCAGAAGAUCAAAGCCGAACUUCACAGCCGCCCACAGGCCGCCCCUUUCCACUUUGUCUUCCGUCGCAUGGCCAAUCAGAACACUUCCUCAUCAACACCCCUCAAUCCUGCACUCAGUGUGACCUCUGACCCCCAGGACAACAGUAGUGAGCUGAGCACAUCUUGCCCCCAGCGCAGUCCGAGUCUGGGCCUCAACCCGAGUCUGAGCCUCAGUCUGCCACCCGACCACGUAAAUGGUAGAUCCAUAUCGAUCUGACACCAGCAGGUGCUGCUGGUCGUCAUGAACUGACUCUUUGUGUCCCAGCUGUGACAGAACUGCCUGGUAACUCUAAUAAAUACUGUUUCACAACAUCCGAAGAGGAUCCUCUUCAGAUCUGGGCUGUGCUGGGGUCCCUCUGACAAAACACUGUGCCGUGCCAGUCUGACUUCUGCUUUUGCGUGACAUGUCUGUCUCAACAUCCACUUAGUGGAAAGUUCUGUCUGACAUAUACAGGCAAAAGAGGAAAAGAAAAAAGAGGGAAGGAAAUAAGGAAAGAAAGGAAGCCGACUGUGGAUUUGGCAUCAGAGAAACACUUUGGAUUGACUACAGCACACACUGAGGAGAUGUUAGAAACAUUAAGUGUUAAAGACCUGAUGGGUACUUGAAAUUGUUCACAGUCCUGCCUUAACAGCGGCGCAUCUGCCCCUAGAUUCAGGGUAACUUGUGGCCAGUCAGUUCUUAGAUCUGCUAUAUUAAUGUUCAAUCACUUUAAAUACACGUCACAUAAUUUAUUUAGGUGAUAUAUUAAUGCAGUUGCUGGCAAACUGUCAUUUCUAAAUGUUAUUUAUAUGUUAAAGCCGUUAUUAGUCCGUUUUGCUGGAUUUGGCGACACCUUGUGGUGGUUGGUGUGAACCUGUUCAAGAAACUGGUUCAACAAACUGGUACAAGCAGAAAGUCUAAAGUGCAGCAUGAAGGGGAAAAUAAGAGCUCAGAGCAUCCGAGGUUCCUGCACGUUGGUUCUUUUCCUGGUUUUUGUGUCUAUUGGGUGAUAAUCCAUCGAAGGCUUUUAUAUCAAAUUCAUCAGUUGGUACGGGCAUGAGGCUCACUCGCCACACCAGUGGAACUUUAUAGCCAGCAUUUGACACGUGACACUUUCAUUGUAGCAUCAGUGGAACAUAUAAAUCUGUUACACAAGUGUGAUAAACUUCAUCACAUUUCGUGUGUUUAACCUAAAUAACUUUAUUUAGAAAUGUUAACUAUUUUAAUGCAUGUACUUUAUGUCCUAAUGUAUACGAGAGUUGUGGUUUUUUAUUAUUAACAAUCAUUUAUGUAGUUGUUGAUUAUGCUGGUGAUAUUAAUAGUAUAUGUAGUAUUUUUUCAAGGUAUAUUUCAUGUAAUGGGGUAUCUUUCCUACUCAGACUUACCUUGUGACUGAAGCACAUCAGUCUGGCUGCCAUGUGAGAAAUCUGACAUUCACUGUACUACUGACCAAUAGUAAACAU